GAUGAUGUUUUGCACCUAAAUGUCGAUACUAUAUGAUAUAGAUAGUUCUGCUAAAUAAGGGCAAAUUGAUUUUUCAGGACAGAACAUACCAUUGAAACGAGGAGCGGAGAUUGAGGUUAAUCAGUCAAUGGAUUGUCUCUUUUGUCUUUCGCACCUAAGUGGACCCACCCAUUGACGCAAAGCCUCUUUCUUUGACCGUCUGCUCUCCCUCCUUCUCGUAAUCGCCGUCUCUCUGUCCAGUCCAGCUUUGCCCUUUCAUUUGUCUCACCAUUAUUACGUAUAUCAAUAAAUUUCAGUUUUUUUUUAUAAUCUUUGAAGGGUUUGCGUUUCUGGGUAUUGCUGUGAAUUUGCAUCAAAAAGCCAAAAAAAUAAAAUCGAGAGUAUGAUUCAGAAGCUCAGAAAAUUAGAUGCAUACCCAAAGAUCAAUGAAGAUUUCUAUAGCCGUACAUUCUCUGGUGGACUAAUUACACUCGUCUCUUCUCUUGUCACGCUUUUUCUCUUCUUCUCCGAGUUCAGAUUAUACCUGCACACUGUUACUGAGACAAAACUUUUAGUGGACACUGCAAGGGGGGAAAUUCUACGAAUUAAUUUUGAUGUCACUUUUCCUGCCAUUCCAUGUUCGUUACUCAGUCUUGAUGCCAUGGAUAUCAUGGGAGAGCAGCAUUUUGAUAUAAAACAUAAUAUAACUAAAAAGAGAAUCAAUGCUCAUGGCGACGUUAUAGAAGUCAGGAAGGAAGGGAUUGGUGCACCGAAAAUUGAGAAGCCUUUACAGAGGCAUGGUGGCAGACUUGAGCACAACGAAACUUAUUGCGGUUCAUGUUAUGGUGCAGAAAUGUCAGAUGAUGAUUGUUGUAACUCGUGUGAUGAAGUUCGUGAGGCAUACAGGAAAAAGGGUUGGGCGCUGACAGGUGUGGAUUUGAUCGACCAGUGCAAACGAGAAGGUUUUAUUCAGAAGGUCAAAGAUGAAGAAGGUGAAGGGUGUAAUAUAUAUGGAUCUCUGGAAGUAAAUAAAGUAGCUGGAAAUUUUCAUUUUUCACCUGGGAAAGGUCUUCAUCAGUCAAGCUUCUUUAUACAAGAUUUGCUUGUUUUUCAAGGGGAUAGUUAUAAUAUAAGUCACACGAUCAAUAGGCUAGCCUUUGGUGACUACUUUCCUGGUGUAGUAAAUCCUCUUGAUGGGGUUCCGUGGGUGCAUGAAACACCAAAUGGCAUGCACCAGUAUUUCCUCAAGGUGGUUCCAACAAUAUACACUGAUAUUAGAGGCCGCACUGUUCGCUCUAACCAGUACUCUGUAACGGAGCAUUUCAAGAAAUCAGAAUUUGCUCGACUUGACUCUCCUCCUGGUGUUUUCUUCUUUUAUGACUUUUCUCCAAUUAAGGUGAUUUUUAAAGAGGAGCAUAUUUCAUUUUUACACUUCAUGACGAAUAUUUGUGCAAUAAUUGGAGGUAUUUUCACAAUUGCUGGAAUAGUGGAUUCCUUUGUGUAUCAUGGUCAAAGAGCAAUCAAGAAAAAAGUAGAAAUUGGCAAAUUCAGAUGAUAUUUUCAGUCCGACUCCCUGCCCAACAUUCUCGGGAGGGUGGGAAGCAAUGGAUUUGAGUGAUGGAAUUACUUCUUCUCAGGAGCCAUUGGUCACUAUACGUUCAUUCUUGUUUACUUUUAGUUUAGAGGUUUCCAGGCGUAGUUAUCGGAAUAUGAACCCAGCUUGUCAUUAAUGAAGUGAUACUUGUUACAUAUAUUCUGCAUGGAUGCAAAAGAAACAUAGAAGAUGGAUCUACUAGAAAGCUUGUGGCAGAAUAUCAGAACAGUUUGCUUGUAUGUAAGAAUGAGGUCCUAGUCAACAAGGAUGAUGUGAAGUAGAGCUAAGCUACAGAAUGGAACUUAAGACUGCACAAGAUAGAAGCCAAUAUUUUGAGUAAGCUAACAGUGAACUAGUUCCUCUCUCUCUCAUGCAAGUUUCUUGAUUUUAUAAUUUCUAAGUUGAUGGGAUCAUGCAGUUUAUUUUAUUUACAUGGUUUAGCCCUAACAGUUAGCAAAUUAUUGCAUGAUAGAUAAUGCUUUUGAGCUAGUAAUUUGAGUAAGUUUGCACCAAUGCUCCUCAAGUUUUGAGGCAGUUGCCACUAUAA